AAACCAGCCUCAGUUGUUCUCAUGAAUCCAGGAAUGUUUUUUUUUUUUUUUUUUCCUAUCAUGGCUCUGUGUUUUUUAGAGAGGGACUUUUUCUCUGUCAUCGCUUCGGUUUGAUUUAGAUCCUGCUGGAAUGGUGCGGAACGGAGCGCACAGUGGAGUUAAUGCGCACACACCAAAGAAGAUAAGCUCGCUUUUUGUAAAAUAAAAAUACCUAAUUGGUUAUAUUUCACCAGAAAUGAUGAGAUCUUUGAAUAUAAUCGGUACUUAAUGUUUUGUGGUUGGUUUUAAUCCUGGAGACCUCAUGGAUGUGAUGAGCCAGAUGUAGUUUUCCUGGCUGCGCGCCUCGCUGUGUUUGUCUGCGCCAGACUCCAAGUCGCAUCAACAGUCUGUGAACACAUAACAAAUGGCUCCUGGGACUGAAACAGCUUAAAAAACUGCUGCUGAGCUCAGAUCGCAGGAAGAACGAGGUCUCCAAGCUGUGCGCCACCUGGGUUCAUUUCUGGCGCAACAGAACGCAAAGCGCGCAGAGAUGCGGCGUCGGAUCUGCGUCCUGCUGCUGCUGCAUCUGGUUCUGGUACCAGCCGGGCCAGCAGAGACCACCAGGGUUCGGAAGAAAACCCCUAAGAGCCGGCCUUGUCUGGACCUGCCGGAGGAGAUCCUGGAGCAGAUGUUCGGGCGGCUUUCUGUGGGGGUGAUGGGGGCCUUCCACCACGCGCUGGAGCUGGAGCCCCGCGGGAAACUCAACCUCACGUGUCCGACAGCAGCGCUGAGGAGAACCGACAGCAACACGCGCCUCCCGGCCAACCUGCGGAGCAUCUCCCCCUGGGCUUACAGGCUCUCCUACGAACCGAACCGAUAUCCCCGCUACAUCCCUGAGGCCUACUGCCUGUGUAAAGGCUGCCUGUUUGGGCCGUACAGGGAGGAGAGCCAGCAGUACCGCAGCGUUCCCGUCUACGCUCCCACCGUCAUCCUCAGGAGAUCCGGCUCCUGCGUCGGUGGACGCCACUCCUACUCUGAGAUCUACGUCUCUGUGGCCGUGGGAUGCACCUGCGUGCCAAUGAUGGAGAAGAAACGAGACAGUCAGAGCAGCAACAGGAGCCUAGAGGGACCAAAGCCCAAAGCUAGACAGAUUUUCUCUGCUGGGAAGAAAGACUGAAGGAGAGCAUCAGUCCUUUGAUGGACAUGCUUUUUAAAGUAAUGGUACUUGACUUCUGUUCAACUCAACAUACUCUAAACUCAAUUAUUGGACGUAAUAAUUACCCCCAGGAGGACUAUAUUUAUUAAUUCCGACCCAACUGGU